AUGGCCGACCCAGUGACUUCCGGAACCGACUCCCGCCCCACCGGCAACCGCAGAUCCGCCCGUCCGGACGAAGACAACGCCGGUUUGGCCAGUGGCCUCGUCCCUAACGCGGGCAUGAAGUUCCCGGGUGCUACGCAGGGCCAGGAUGAGAAGGAGAGCUUGAAGAUUCGCAUUCAUUUGAAUUUGCAGGCCAAGGUGAAGUUGGAUUUGGAUGCGCAGUUGUAUGGUGAUAUUGUUAUUGGGUUGUUGUAA